AGUUACAGUUAAAUUUGCAUAGCAUAUCUUAAAUUAAAAAUUGUAAUGGGACAUUUCCUUUUCUUUGUCGCCAUUCUCUCUGUUUCAGUUACCCCUUCCUUUUGCUUUCAUCCAAAAUCCUUCAAUGUUUCCAAGUAUCAGUCCUAUGACUUAGAUUGGUCCUCGGCUGUGGCCACCUGGUAUGGUCCCGCUGACGGUGCCGGAAGCGAUGGAGGCUCGUGUGGGUAUGGAAAAGCGGUGGAGCAACCGCCAUUUUCGUCGUUAAUUGCGGCGGGAGGCCCUUCUUUGUACAAAUCUGGCAAAGCUUGUGGAGCUUGUUAUCAGGUGAAGUGCUCUGGAGAAGGCGCGUGCUCAGGGAAUCCAGUGACGGUGGUUAUAACUGAUAGUUGUCCCGGCGGCUCCUGUGCUUCUGACUCCGUCCACUUUGACCUAAGCGGCACUGCUUUUGGUGCUAUGGCUGCAACUGGCCGGGCCGAUGAACUUCGCAGUCUCGGUGUUUUGCACAUACAACAUAAAAGGGUGGAAUGCAAUUAUCCGGGAACGUCGAUCAACUUCAUCGUGGACUCAGGGUCGAACUCAAACUAUUUCGCAGCUCUGAUAGAAUAUGAAGAUGGAGAUGGGGAGCUUGGUUCAGUGGAGCUGAAACAGGCGGUGGACUCGUACUCAUGGAUUCCAAUGAAGCAGUCAUGGGGUGCAGUUUGGAAACUGGACUAUGGCUCAGCCCUUCAAGCUCCCUUCUCCCUCAGACUCACCGCCCUCGACUCCGGUAAGACCGUGGUCGCUAACAACGUGAUUCCCGCCGGGUGGCAGCCUGGGCAGAGUUAUAGAUCAGUGGUCAACUUCGAUACUUAAUUAAUUAAUAAAUAUAAGUUGAGAGUUUAAUUAUGAGAUUAGUAGAAUGAAAUUAAAGAAAGUUGGGGGAGCUGUGUUGUUUGUAAUAACAGAGCAGUAAAUCAGUUAUAGUAAUAUUAACUACUAGGUAUGAGUAUGAGA